UCCAGCAAAUAAAAAGAUCAGGGCAGGAAACUUCUGGGUCCAGCCCUCCCGUUCUCCAGCCGACGGGCUGCAUCCAGCGGAGACCUCAGCCCUCCGCUCUUACGCAACUCAUGUUCCGGUCUCGAAGAGCCAAUUUGGUGCAACAGCUCUGGAGAUUGCGCGGCAUGACCCCCGGCCUGGAUGACAACCACGGGGCCCUGAAGCCUGUGGCUCACGCGCUCUUCAAGAAACUGAAGGACAAGGAACUGGAGCUCCUGCUGCAGGCGGUAGAGAACCAAGGUGCCCGAGAGUCUGGCUGCGUUUGGCUUGAGCCGCGAGGCAUCAAGUUGGGCCCGUCGGCAUCGCUGCUUCUCUGCCGUCUGUACCGCUGGCCGGACCUCCGCCAGCCGCAGGAGCUGAAACGGCUGUGCUUCUGCAAGAGCACCGGGGGCGAGGGGGGCGCCCACUGCUGCAACCCACACCACCUUAGCCGGCUUGCUGCACCUGACAGCCCCCCUCCACCCUAUUGCAAGAUCUCGCCUUUUCCUGCAUCUCUGAAGGGCACCAGCAUUUUAGAAAACAACUGCAGAGGAUGGCAAGACACCACCCUCUCCCGCUGCUCCCUGAAAGACGGCUACUGGUGCAAACUGGCCUACUGGGAGUACCGUCUCCGGGUGGGGAGGCUCUACCCCGUCCACGAAGAUCACGUCUGCGUUUUCUCCAGCCUGCUCCAGGGCAAUGGGCUCUGCCUGGGCCAGCUGGCAUCUCGAAGCCGCAGCCAGGCUGUCCGCAGGACCCAGGCUAAGAUCGGCCGUGGUUUGUUACUCAGCCAGGAGGCCAGCGGGGUCUGGGCUUACAAUCGCAGCGAGCACCCCCUCUUUGUCUCUUCCCCCACUCUGGGGCCCGUGGGCAGCUCGACCCCUCCGGUGCACAAAAUCCUCCCCGGUUACUCCGUCAAGGUGUUCGAUUACGAGCGGGCCAUGCACCUGGCCGCCAGGCGCCCAGCCGCCGGCGAGGGUCCCCAUGAUGAGCACACGGUCCGGAUCAGCUUUGCGAAAGGUUGGGGUCCCACUUACACCCGCCGGUUCAUUACAUCUUGUCCGUGUUGGCUGGAAGUGCUGCUGAACGCCCCGAGUUGAAGCAGCUGGGAAAGAGUUUCAACCAAAACAAACAAAACAACCAAAACGAAACACAGAACGGGUUGUGGGAACGCACCAUGCCCAAAUUCAUAUUUUGGAAUAGAGUAGAGCUGGAAGGGACCUUGGAGGUCUUCCAGUCCAGCCCCCUGCUCCAGCAGGAGACCCUAUCCCAUUCCAGACCACUGGCUGUCCAAUCGCUUCUUAAAAACCUCCAGGGGUGGAGC